AUGGACUUUGAAAUCCCAGAGACAGAAGAGCCGCGCCAGGUCGUCAAGUACCUGGACGACCUCGCCGUCAACGAGCCAUCACGGAUCCUCUACUCCAUCACCAAGACCAGUAACCCCGCCGAUGGCUUUCGCGAUAUCACCGUGAGAGAGGUUGCUCGUGCCGUGGACCGCUGCGCUUGGUAUCUCGAAGAGACACUGGGACCAGCCAAAGAUGGCCAGACUCUCACCUAUAUGGGACCUCAAGACAUCACCUAUGUGGUUCUGGUACUCGCCUGCAACAAGACAGGCUACAGGCUGUUUUUGAGCUCCCUGCGCAACACUCUUGAGGCGCAUCUCAAACUCUUGGAGGACCUGGACUGCCACACAUUCCUGCUUCCGCCAAAAUUCCCUCUGCCCAUCGUGAAGCAGAUCCUGGCCGCAAGACCGAUGCAUGUUCAAGAGAUUGCUCCGCUACCGAAGUGGCUGCACGAUGAGUAUGGCGGCCGCGAAGACCACUAUCCCUACACAAAGUCUUGGGAGGAGGCAAAAUAUGACCCGAUGGUCGUCCUACAUACCUCAGGAACAACAGGUAUGCCCAAGGCCAUUGUCGCGGCGCAAGGAACGUGGACCUCCAUCCACGCAUCUGCCAGCUUGCCGAAACCGGGUGGCAAGCCUUGCUUCCCGUACCUCGGCAAAGGGACCCGAGUUUACCUGGGGUUUCCCAUAUUCCAUGCCGCCGGCGUGGCCCUGACGACCGCUGGAUGUAUCUACACGGGAAACAUAAGUGUUCUCGGCCCGUUCCCGCCGUCCCCUGAUAUUGUGCAUGCUAUGCACGUUCACGGCAAUGUGCAAGUCAGUUUUGUACCGCCGACCAUCUUAGUCGAGCUCGCGAGGGUGCCAGAGCAUCUAGAGCAGCUGGGCAAACUGGAAGCGGUUCUCUUUGGAGGCGGGCCCCUGCCCCAUGCCGUCGGCGACCAGAUUGCUGCCAAGACGAAUCUCGUGAAUGGCAUCGGAUCGACCGAGGCAGGCUUCUCUCCGCAGUUUCCUGGUCCUGGCCAAGACUGGGAAUACAUCAAUUUCCAUCCGGCUGGAGGCCAUGAGUUCCGCCCGGUCUCGGAUGGGUUGUAUGAGCACUUUAUUGUGAAGCAUCCCAAGCUGUUGCCGUUCCAGGGUGUCUUCGCGACGUUCCCAGAGCUGGAUGAGUGGGCAACGAAGGAUUUGUACUCGAAGCAUCCAACCAAGGAGGGACUGUGGCUCCACCGUGGCCGAAGCGACGACAUCAUUGUUUUUGCAACAGGGGAAAAACUCCAACCGCUCGAAAUGGAGGGUAUCAUCACGUCGAAUCCGGCUGUGCACGGAGCCAUCAUCUGUGGUAGAAAACGCUUCCAGUCGAGCCUGCUGAUCGAGCCCGUGAAGCUGCCCACCACCGACUCUGAGAAGGAAGGACUUUUGGACACGAUCUGGCCGUCCGUCGAAGAGGCGAACAAGCACAGCCCUGCACAUGGUCGUGUCCUUCGCAACAUGAUCAUAUUCACCUCGCCUGACAAGCCAGUACCAAGGGCUGGGAAAGGGACCAUACAGCGCAGAAAGCUGGAGGAUGAUUACGAGCCAGAGCUCGACGCCCUUUAUAAAGCAAACGAGGAUCGCGGUGUUCCAAAUGGUUCGAACAGUAUAACCAGUGGCUCUGUCGAGGAUGCUGUCAGGCGCAUCGUUGCUACAGCUACCAGCAUCGACCUGAACGAGGUGACUGCUGACACCGACUUGUUCGGACUGGGACUGGACUCCCUGCAAGUAACAGUCAUAACAAAAGGGGUCAACCAGCUUCUUUCGGAACGGGGAAGUUCGAAAGCGGUGGAUCCUCGUACCAUUUACGCCCACCCCACCAUCGGCGCCUUGAUCGGUCUCGUGGCCAGCCUUGUCGGCGGGAAUGUCGCUGCACAAAACGACGAGAGUGAGGAGCAGAAGAUGCAAAGACUCUAUGAUCUCCACACCACAGACCUGCCUAUCUCCGCGCGGCCCAUACAGCCAAAGCCUACAGAUAAGCUGGUGAUCCUGCUCAUCGGAUCAACCGGCUCGCUUGGCGCUUACAUUUUGGACUCCUUGCUCAAAGAUGCUCGUAUCGCCCGGGUAUAUUGCCUCAAUCGGGGCCCGAACAGUCUCCAGCGUAUGCAAAAAUCGCUGGAGGCGAAGGGGUUGCAAGCUUUACCAGAGGACCAGACUGUAUGCCUUGAUGGAGACUUCUCCAAGCCCUACUUCGGGCUGUCCCCUAAGGAAUACAGAACUAUUCUCGCUGAAGUGACGAAUGUCAUUCACAACGCCUGGCAAGUCGACUUCAACCUGUCUAUCGACUCAUUCGCGAAACAAAUCCACGGCGUCAGGCGGCUGGUCGACUUCUCAUCGCACUCAACCUUUGGUGCGCAAGUCCUCUUCGUCUCCAGCAUCAGCGCAGUGAUGAAUUGGCUUGCGUUUGUAGGCCACAAGGUCGACAAGAUCCCCGAGCACAUCUUCGAGGACUGGCGAGUGCCUGAGGGGUUGGGCUAUGGCGAGAGCAAGUUCGUAUCUGAGCGUAUCCUGGAGACUGCAGCGAAAGAGGCUGAUGUUCCCGCCGUGGUCUGUCGUGUGGGCCAGAUCGCGGGCCCCUUGACAGAAGCCGGAUGCUGGCCAAAGCAGGAAUGGCUUCCGAGCCUCAUCGCGAGCUCAAAGUAUCUCGGGAAGCUUCCAGAGUCCCUCGGCGCAAUGGACGUGGUUGAUUGGGUUCCGGUAGACGUGCUCGGACAGAGUAUUGUCGAGCUUGCGACUGAACCAGUGGAUGCCAAGCAGGGUGCUGUGGUGUACCACCUGAUCAACUCCAAGCAUGCAGCUUGGCCGAAGCUCGCAGCGACCGUAGCGCGAUGUCUGGACCCCUCGUCGCAAAAGCUCCAGAUGGUGUCCCUCGAAGAGUGGGUGACGGCACUUCGCGAGAGCGCGUCGAAAACAGAAGACAUAGCUGUCAAUCCGGCCAUCAAGAUCCUGCCCUUUUUCGAGGGAAUGUUCAUUGGCAGCGGAGGUCAAAUCCCCUUGGACAACAGCCAGGCUGUUGCGGCAUCACCAGCAUUGGCCACUGUCGGACCGGUCCAGGACGAGUGGAUGCAAAAUUGGAUGAGACAAUGGGCUUUCUGA